AUGUCCAAAGUAGCCCACGCCUACGCAGACGACAAGCCCGGCGCCAACCUCCCCAACGAGGCUCCCGCGGGCCAAGUCAAUGACCCCUCUUACAAGACCAAGGGCAGCACCGAAGCCGUCCCCGUCAUCGACGACGACGCGCCUGUUGAGGACCCCAUCAGGCCGGAGGAGGCGGAUAGUGACAAGCAGCUAGCCAAGGACGAAGCCGAAGCCAUUGACAAGUCCAACAUUAUCGGCGAGAGGACUCGACACGCUAUCAAGUCGGCGGGCACGUACCAGGAGCCGAGCGAUGAGCAGAUGGGUUUGACUGAGUAG